UGACGUGGCGUGAGCGGUCGUAGUGCGAGAAGCUCUCCAGUGGUUGGGAGAUUGGUGAUAAACCCAACAGCAAGGUGAGAUCCAGGAUCAUCUCCGAGAGGAGUAAUGGGUUUUAUCCGGGAUAACUGAGUCGUCUGUGUGCACUUUUAGAGACAAUCUAGUGGCUUUCGUGACUGCCAAUCUAGUGGCUUUCGUGACUGCCUGUAAAAAUGUCCAGUAGAAGCCAGCACUAUGGAUUCCAGUCAGCCACCGUGGUGCAGCCUGUCAAUGGCGGUCCUGCCUAUCUAUUUGCAAACAAUGGCUCAGAGAAUGACCUGUCAGAGGAGGACGGUGAGAUCUAUGAGCUUCGGCCUCGUGGCAAAGAACGACAACGGAGGAGCACAUCCAGAGAGAGGACUGAUGAUAUUAUCUACCUAACCAGAGACAUCCAGGAGGGUGACACUCUGAAUAGCAUUGCUCUGCAGUACCAUUGUUCAGUUGCAGAUAUCAAGCGUGCCAACAACCUCCUGACAGAGCAGGACUUCUUUGCCCUGCGGUCAGUAAAGAUUCCUGUGAAGCGUUUCAGUGUCUUGACUGAGACUCACAGCACUGGUCCUCUUAAGCCUCCCACACCCACAGGUGCCAGGCGACUGCCUCAGACCUCACCGGUUCCCUUGCUGCCUUCUGAGUUCUCCACAGACUCUUCGUCCUCUACGGACAGUGUAGAAGGUUUCCUCCUGGAGAAGGACAAGGACAUUGAGCGUCUGGUUAAAUCCACCGGCCCUUCUCGGAGCAGCCUGAAUGAGGUGGUUUCCUCUCUAACACUGCAGCAGCCACUGCUAGCAGAAGUAGAGUACAAGCCCGUUCAACGGAAAGACCCUUACUAUGGGGCAGACUGGGGUAUGAGAUGGUGGACGGCAGUGGUCAUUAUGCUGGUUGUCGGUAUCAUCACGCCUGUGUUUUACCUGCUGUACUACGAGGUCUUAAUGAAAGUCGAGGUAAGCCAUCAUGGCAAUAGCGUACAAACAGGCGAGAACAUGGCUCCUGGAAAUCUCAAUGGCAAUAAUUUGGACAUUUCAAUUAAAAAGGAUAACAAUGCAGGAGCUGCUCCAGGACAUGUUGAAAUUGUGGUUAAAGAUGUGGACAAAGCAGGGAUUGGUAAAAACAUAGGCCAUGAAAAGACAUAGCAAGUUUUCUUUUUCUUCCCUUUACAAAGUUUAUAUCAAGAUGAGAGACUAAUAAAGAUGAGUGUUUCAGUUAUGAACUCUUGUCAUUGACCUAAAACAAUGCAAUUUGUUAUGGACUUUUUGCUGUGAGCAUUGUUUGGCUGAAAAUUUGUAUGGUUGUGUCUGUGUAGACAAACACGUUUGGAUAGAUUCAACUAAACAAAGGCUGCUUUUUGAAUUGAGGAUAGUUGAUAUCCAAAUAGUUUUUAGAUUUUCAUAAAUCUAGAGAAUACUUUUCAUCUGGACUGCCUUGUUUUUACCAAGCACCAUUAAAAUAUUAAGCAUUAUUUCUAGUAAGAUGUCUGUGACCAGGGUCCAAACCAAUCAAUACUCUGUGUUUAUUUUUAAUGAAACCUCUUUAAUCUGAUCCAACAGUGUUUAACCCCUCUGUCAGGUUCUUAAUUUUUAGUGCUUGUGAAGACUGAAUUGAAAAUGCUGUUUUAAUACACAGAUUUGUGUCAGACCAUUGGAUUUAUUUAAACUAUCAGUAUUGAAAGUUACCAAUUCAAUUGUGUUUAUUUGGUUCCAUCAAACCUUUGUGAAUUUGUUUUUAUUUGAAUCUACCUGGACAGAAAAUGUACUUUUUCUAUUGAAAGACAAAAACACCUUGUCUGGUGAGAAUAACGGGAAAUGCACAGAAUUCCCAAAAAAAUGAUGACUUGUUCUAGUAAUUACAGAAUUUUCUGACUUUGUUGUAUAUAGCCCUUUUUAUUUGAUCAGUGUUUCGAUUUUUUGACGAAGCAUUUUGUAUGUAAUAUGUGCCUUUCAACCUGUGGAAAAUGGGCUACAGGCUGGAAAAUAAAUACAUCUAUUUUGAAUAAAUUAUUGCCAGUUCA